UUCUCAUUUGUUGCUGAUCGAAGACUGAACACUGUAACUGUAAUUCUGUGGCUCCCUGUUGCUGCUGUGGCAACUGUGCUCUUAUAUUUGGCCUAAACUAUGACCAUUAUAUAUAGAACGAGACUAUACCGGCAGACUAUAAUUGAAGUUUUAAAUGCUGGAAACAGUGAAAUUACUCAAUGACGGAGAGAACCAACUAGGAAGCCUCAUCUACAGGGGAAGAGUGAUGGUGGAAGUGCCCGGCAAGGACCGAUAUGUCGAUGCCGAACUCGACUUUGAACAGGAUCCGGAAAAUGCCCUGACUAUCGGCCGCAUUUUGAUCGACAACGAGAACUAUGCUCAAAACAAUGGCCCUCCCAAGGUGGAAGUCAUCAGAGGUGGAUUGAACCACACCCAUGUUACGAUCCAGUUCCAGUCGGAUGAGGGCUUUGGCCUAAUGUACAACGUCUAUAUCUAUGGUGAAUAAUUGAUUGCGUGCUCUCUUCGAGGGUAUAUAAACUUCGGUACUGGUUCUAUUUUUAAAUUGAA